AAUCUUCUAUAUGAAACUCUGUUUUGCUUCCUUUUGUGUUUCAUUAAAUGUGUGAACUUUGUUUUACCAACAAGACGUGAAUGAUGAAGGAAGAGCUGACGCUUAAUUACCACUAAGCAUCAACUACAUUCACUACUGUGUUUCCAGUUGUUUUUUUCUACUGGAGUGAAGAAAGUGAAAGAUUGUAGGGAAAAUGUGACCAUGGGCAUCUCUGGUUUUAAAAAAAUAAAAUUCCUGGAAUUUUUGAAAGAGAGCAUACAAUAUGUCUGUCAUAAGGAUAUGUUAGAUAGGAUCCUAUGCUUCUCUUGCCAUGAAAGCAACUCUGAAAUAAGUUAUAGCAAAAAAGGUAAAAGAAACAAGACGGUGGAAAAUUAGAGCAUGGAUGUAGGUGUGUUAAGCAGCAAUUAUCCUGCAAGUGUAGUUUACAGUAUAAAUUAAAAUAGAUCUAGUUCCAGUUAUCUGAAAGACAGCUGCAUUAAUUAGCAUCGUACCCUUGUAUACUGCUAUGAAUACAAUGAAGAAAAGCUACCAGGCUAUCUUACGCCUCUAAUUCUAGUAGAUCUUGAUUAAGCUUGUUAUAGGGUUGCAACCAGUUGGAAAUUAUCACUUGGUUGAGCGUACUGCUGAGGUAACAUUUGAAAUGGGGUACACCAAGGCCUGUCUUGUCCUGCUUUCAGCACAUUUUGAACACUGGAACAGGAUGUGCUGUGGUGGUAGUGCUGUGUCUUGCUGAAGGAGGGGAUCCAGAUGGGAGAUAUAUAUAUAUUUAAUUUUUGAAGGGACUUAGAACAGUCCUCAUACUUAAAAAUCUAUUAAGAUGUUCUUUUGGCUUCUAGAAGGAACUCAGUUUGCAUACAGAAAACAGUGUUUACACUGUUGACUGACUUCUGGCACUUAUGAUUUAGUCAAACUAGCUUUUAAAUUCUUCGGAGCUUUUUUUAGGUUAAAUAAUACGCAAUUUGGGGGACAAAUUAAGUAUAAUUAAUCCUGCCACAGUCUCACAAGACGUAUAGGUGAUUGUGAGGCCAUUUCCAUGGCUGUAAUUCACAGACGAUGCAUUCUUCUCUUUUUCCAUGCAGAUAACAAUUAAAAAAAAAAAGCCUUGGAACAAAAUUAGAUUCUGAUAAGGUACAAUGACUGUUCAAUGGAAUACAUGAGGUCUUAUCUAUCUUUAGCCUGUUUUUCCUAAAGCAGUAAUCUCAGUGUAGAUUCAGCUGUAGAGAGGGAGAGAGAAGGAGGAAAUGGUACAGAACUUCUUUGAUGUAAUUGCUUCUACUAGUUUAGCCUUUAAAUUGGGUUUAAACAGGUGAAGGCAGAGUGCAUUGUACAUAAAGUGGGAGUCAUGUUAAACUGAAAGGCAAGCAGAUUUUUGGCACACAGACACUGUGGAAGAUGCCAUUUAAAUAUUUUAGAAAUUUAGAUGAAGGAAACUUCAGGAAAUUAAACAAUGGAAGUUCGUAAGACUUAGUAACACUUGUAAACAGACUGUAAUCUCAUUAGGAAAAUUAUUUGGCUUGAAUGUUACAGUGCAUAUGAUGAAAUACGAAAACAUUGCUCAGCAACUGGGAUUUGGACUUUGAGUGGCACUGACAUAUGAACCCCUGCAUGGUUUUCAAGUGUGCUAUUUUUGGCAGCUGGGUGUUGGCUUGUCUCCUCAGUAGCAGUAGAAAGUUAACUUAGUGUAUAGAGGAGGGUGAUUCGCGAUGAGAAGCUCCUUUGAAACUAAUUAAACAUGGGCUGCUGCUUCAGUAAGGAGUUGAGUAACAGCACGAAUGAGGAGAAAACUGGCCUGUUAGAAAAACCUGUGGAAGAGGAAGCCCCAGACUCAAGGAUAAGUAAAACUUUAUCUUCAAUUUUAGGAGCUGUAGAAAGGAAGAAUCUGCGUACAGUGGGAAGGACAGUUAAUGGGGAAGCUGCGGUAGCCGGCAUUGAAUGCAUUCGUACCGAUGAUUGCGCAGUGUUGAAUUCUGAAUCCGGGCCCUGGGAUAGAAAAGCAAAAUAUAAAUCGUAUGAAAGUAUGGAGAAUAGUUGCUGUGAGAGCUCUAGGAGAGCAUAUGACAGACCUUCUAGCUUUUUUAAUUCCUUUAGUCACCUUCCGAAGGUCUCGGGUACAGGUGAAAACCUACAGAAAAGUGAGCAAAAGAAAAAUGAGGUGAUUAAAAAAGAUGCGUCUGAAAAACCUAAGAGUAGUCAGCACAUGAGCAAUAUAGAAAAUAGCAGUAACAGUAAUAAUGAGAAUGUAGACACAGAAGAGCAUUGCUCAUUUGGUCACAUUUCUACUUCAUAUAUACCAGCCAUCAUAGACAGAGGCUUACAGGAUGAAAUUUCCUUAAACAGAAAUUUCCUUGAUGAUUAUGCAUGCAACCAUUCAAUACAGAACACAAUGAUAGUUAAUGCUGAAGACAACGGGAGUGACAGCCUACAAAAAGCUUCAGGUUCACUUAGGCAGAUGUCUCCAACCUUUUCUUACCUUGAUGCAGACAACAAACGUACAAAAGAGAGGGAGUUCUACAGUAUUUGUGUUGUAGAUACUGAAGAUCUUAGAGGUGAUGAAGAGGGGCCAGCUACCAUGCAUGAAAAGAUUGCAGCAGACGUAGAUAACUCAGCUGUUACUGAUGAAGGAAUGCACAGCAUGGCAUGGCCUCUAGACAGGGAGAGGGAAUUUCCAGUGCAGCAAUCAGCACAAGUGGAAGCUAAGCUUAAUUCACAGAAAGAGCCAUCUGUGUGUAAAAGUGAGGAUAGAUCAGAUGUGCAGAAUAAGGAGACAGGGGAAUAUUGUAGCAUGGUCGUCCAGUCUUCUUACAAUAGCUCACUGACUGACAAAUGUCAGAUGCACAGAUUAAACAUGGACAGUGUAGUAACAAGUGGUUUAAGAGCAGAAGCGUGCAAUGAAGUUAUCCCUGAGGGUCAACAAGAGGAGAAAUAUAACACGUGUAAUGGUGUCAGUUGGAAUGAAUCAUUUUGUAGAACUUGUGAUUCUGUAAAAACUGUGGAUUCUGCUGCAGAGGACCAAUACAGCCCUGAUUCAGGAAACAUGAAACGUGUUUGUGAUUGUAUUUCCAGUGUAUCGUUAAAAACUGAAGCAUGCAAUUCAGGAAAAACUGAGGGAGAUAAUAAUUCUGAUUUUGUACUGAAUGGUUUAAACUUGCACCCCUCAGGUGUUGUAAACAGUGAACAAGUGGUAGAGAAUACAAGGGGUAACUUUAAAUUAUUAGAGUUGCAUGAAACAAACAGUGAUUCUUUUUUGACGAGUCAAAGUGCAGAAAAAAAUGGUGAAGAAUGCUUCAUCCUAAAGCCAGGAAGUAAAGAAAAGCCAUAUGUGGAAAAGAGAACAUUGCAAAGCAUGUGUUAUGAUAGCCAAAAUCUUGCACCUGGCUCUGGUGAACAUCACAGUGUUUUGGAAGAGUUCUUGAGAGAUAAAGAGAAAUGCACAGGUACAGUUCUGCUUAACCUUGAAACUUUGAAUAUGACUGAAAUGCAUGAAAGCUUGGAAGAAAGUUCUGAUUUUCAAACUCAAAUUAAGGGUUGUACUGAAAGCAAGGUGCCAGCUGAAGUGGCGUCCUUACAGAGCAUUGAGGAAGAUGUCUGUAUGAGAAGCACCAAGGUAAAAGACAACGUGCUUGAAGAAGCUGGUAGCUUCAGCAGAACUCAGUCGUGGGUAAGUGGUGGUACUUUGUCAUCUCAUGGGCUAGAUAACGCAAGAACAGAUGAAAUAGUCCUACAGAAAAACAGCGUAGAGUUUCAGACUUCACAACAAUUACCAGGGAAUAAAGGUAAAGUAUGCAGCUUUUCAGAUUCAGAUAAGGAAAGCAGUGUCUCUUCUGUGUCUGCGGAGCAUGAGGAUGUGAACAAAGUGGACUUGAACUGUGGACAAGAUAAACAGCAGGAUGUAUGUUCCUUCUGUGCAAUGGAAAAUCAGUGGAAUGCAGCGACUGAUCUAGCCACAAUAGCUGGGGAUAUAGAGUCUGUGAAACAGACAAAUGUUCACCCAAACGAAACAAUUAACGAGGCAGAAAAUGCAAAACACAAUUCUGAUGCUAACAUUGCUGAUCAUGACAGCAACAGCUCAAAUUUCAGUAAAGACUUGACUCAUGAUAGAAGUACUUACUGUGAGUACACUCUACCUGUAGUAUUGGACAACUGUGUGUGCGGGAGUGGGAAACUGAUAAAUGACUCUAAAACUCUUGAAGACACUAAUAGUCUUUUCCAUAAUGACUGUAAUUUUUUACCUUCAUUGUGUCAAAAUUCAUGUUCUCAUGCGCAUGAUAAACCAGUGGCAGAGGAUGAGACAUCUGACUGUGUCAGUCCAAAACCAGAAUUUGGGAAUAGUGAGGUUUCUUUUGGUCCAUUUACUGAAAUGCAACCGGAAACUCCUGAAAAAAGUGUAUGUGGUGUACAUGAAUGUAAUCUUCAGAAUGAAGUAGAACAUUGUGUCAGUAUUGACUCCAGGGAGGAAAAUCUCACCGUUUCUAGUUUGUCAUCUGGUGCUGUAGGAGCUUAUGCCACUGGGAAUUUACAGCUAGAAGCUGAGACUGAACUAAAAGACACCAGUUACAUAUUAAACACUGCAGUGAAAGACUCGACCACACGUUGUGAACAUGUGCAGUCAGAUCACAAGGUUUUCUCAAACAAAGAACGUGAAGUUUUCGUUGACCCAGAGCAGGUAGACAAAUAUGCUGCUACUCCUUCGUAUGAAAUACACAAUACUUGUGCUGUUGCCAAAGGAUUUCAGGGAGUGAAAAGUGAGAAGUGUGGAUUAGAUCCAAUGGAAGACGUAUCAAGUAACCAAGAAUAUUCCUAUAAACUGGACAGACAAAAUCCCCAAGUUGAAAUGUGGUCGCAUUGUGCAAGUCUCCCGAGUGGCGGUGCUGAUCUGACAAAUCAGCUGUUUCCUGACACUGUCACUACUGGUAAUGGUGAAUACCUGAUGGGCUUUUUAUGGAAUAAUACAAUUCUUAAUGGAACUGUAAAGAGUGACAGACAAUAUAUAGAUGGUGAAAGCUUCCAGAACGAACCUGAGGAUCUAACAGGUGCUUCAUAUGCAGUGGGAAGAUACCCUUAUCAGCUGCUAGCUCUAGAGAAUGUUGGUAUUUGGGACUGGCAAGAUAAAGAUGAAUUUGAGUCAGCCAAGGUUUCUGAGUUAAAUCCUAAUGCAAAGGUGUGGGGAAAUCAUAUGUUACAUUUGGAAGCAAGUGGUGCCACUGAUGGUAGUGUGAACAAAACGUGGGAAGAAAUACCUGACCAGCCUCCAGAUUCAUGUAAAGAAGGACUGGAUGCUAAAGGAGAUGGCGACAAAAAGCAUCAGAAUGCGGUGCUGACAGAGCUGCAGGAGUCAUCGCCAGCUGUUUUGGUGUCAGACCAGACAGAUAUGAACUCUUUGGCUCUUGAUCAUUCUGAGUAUGAGUCUAUGCACGAAACCGCUCAGACAGGUGGAAAUGAACAAUUGCUGCCAGAAGGUCAGGAAGAUCUACGAGAAUUGCUGAAAAAAACACUGGAAUUUUGCUUAUCUAGAGAAAAUCUUGCCAGUGACAUGUACCUUAUAUCACAGAUGGACAGUGACCAGUAUGUGCCAAUAAUGACAGUAGCAAACCUUGAUCACGUCAAGAAACUCAGUACUGAUAUGGAUUUGAUUGUUGAAGUGCUGAGAUCGUUGCCUUUAGUCCAAGUGGAUGAGAAGGGAGAGAAAGUUAGGCCAAAUCAGAAUCGCUGUAUUGUGAUUUUACGUGAAGUUCCUGAAUCUACCCCCAUUGAAGAGGUUGAAGCACUUUUCAGAGGUGAUAAUUUGCCUAAGUUUAUCAACUGUGAGUUUGCCUAUAAUGACAACUGGUUCAUCACAUUUGAAUCGGAAGCCGAUGCACAGCAGGCUUACAGAUACCUUAGAGAAGAAGUGAAAACUUUCCAAGGAAAACCCAUUAAGGCAAGGAUAAAAGCAAAGGCAAUAGCUAUAAACACAUUUUUGCCAAAGAAUGGAUAUAGACCUCUGGAUAUGAACAUCUACACACAGCAGCGUUACACAACAUCCUUUUACUUACCUCCAGUAUACAGUCCCCAACAGCAGUUUCCAUUGUACAGUUUAAUUGCUCCACAGACCUGGUCAACCACGCACAGCUACCUUGACCCUUCAUUGGUAACACCAUUUCCAAAUACUGGAUUUAUCAAUGGGUUCACAUCUCCAACCUUCAAACCUGCUGCUUCUCCUCUGACUACACUCAGACAGUACCCUCCCAGGAACAGGAAUCCUAGCAAGUCCCAUAUACGACAUACAAUACCCAGUGCAGAAAGGGGACCUGGGCUUCUAGACAGUCCUACCAUAUUCAACUUUUCUGCUGAUCGUUUAAUCAAUGGCGUCAGGAGUCCACAGACGCGGCAGCCAGGACAAAACAGGACACGGAUGCAGAGUGCUACCACGAGUUACACCAAGAGGGAAGUAGGAACUGGACGGAUGGAGCAGAGCAGCGUUGACUCGUCUCCUGGUUUAGGUCGAGGAAGGAAAAACUCAUACGGAUACCGAAAGAAAAGGGAGGACAAGUUCACAAGAGGCCAAACACAGUCUCCACCACCCCCAAAGCCUCCAUCUCCUAGCUUCGAAUUGGGUUUAUCUAGCUUUCCUCCAUUACCUGGGGCUGCUGGCAAUUUAAAGACCGAAGACCUUUUUGAAAACAGACUGUCCAAUGUGGUAAUAGGAACGUCGAAAGAAAGAAACAUUAAUGUGGAUGCAAGUACAAACACUACUCCAUCGGGAAUUCCUCGCGAGCCACUGUUGCCAGCUGCUUCUACAUUGCCCAGGACGUUUGAAAGGUCUCCUUCACCACCCCAGUCUUCGGAGGAUUCCAAGGUUGUGGAUAAACAGCAGAGAGAGACACAGAGUACAGAAAGGCUUUCUUCUUCCACACUCAGUACUGCAUGUAAAUCGGUACAAGUCAAUGGCGCUGCCAUAGAACUGCGAAAACCUAGUUACGCAGAAAUUUGCCAGAGAACAACUAAAGAUCCUCCUACAUUGCAACCACAGAAAGAACAGAAGCCAAACACUGUAGCAUGUGGGAAAGAAGAAAAAAAGCCCACAGAAACAAUAGAGAAAAACAGAGAACCUCCUCCUGCAAAGUCACAUCCAGGACAACCCAAAGACCAGAGAAGACAGUCAGGACGCAGAUCGUCCCCUCCCGCUGUUGGCAAACGCUUAAAUAAAGAACAGAGUACCCCUCCGAAAUCUCCUCAGUGAAACUAGCACCUGGGAGGGAUUCAAAGAGGUCUGCUUCCCACAAAUUAAACCCAUGUUCCCACUAAGAUACCUGAGAAUGAGUUGCUGGUUAGGAGCUUGCAGUGAUACUAGGCAUAUAACAAUGCCUGCAAGUUAUUUUUCUGUGAAAUACUUUUUCCCCUCUUGAACAAACAUUCUAUUUUUUCUGGAUAUUUCUGGAUAGUUGUUCUAAACCUUACAUUUAGGUUGGUGCUUAAUUGGAGGUGAAGCUUAGUGUGAUUAUUUUUUUCAGGAUGUAAAAUAUUUGUCUUUAAAAAAAAAAAAGAAGUGACUUUUUAUUAAGCCUCUCUGUGGCUGUGUGAGUGCAAGCUCUGUAUAGUGAGUUUUUUCGAAACUGUUAAGCAGAAAUGUGCUGCUGCAAUAUUUUUAAUAAACUGGUCUGCAAGUACAUAUCUAAAGUGUCCAAAAGAUUGAUAACGGCAGCUAGUGUGUAGACUGCAAGAAGUAGGUAUAUUUUACAAAUUGGUAUGUGACCUUGAUUUUUUUUAUUAGGCUGCUGUACUAAAUGUCAGCAAAUGAACUUGCACUUUUAGGUUAAACAAGUAGUUGUUUCUAGCAUUUUUAAAAACCUAAUCUUUUUUGAUGUUUUGCACACACAGAACGAAUCCCACGGAGCACCAUGGCAGUCUUUCUAAAACACUUUCUGAUUUUGACUUACUGCAAGCAAGUAACCAUCUUCUCACUCCAGAAUAAAACUGAUAUUAUAAUUUGCAAAUACAAAGCACAUUGUGAAUAGAAAGAACUAAGUCUGUGAGCUUCUAUGGUGGUGAAGCCUACUAGUGGAUGUUAUCAGGAGAAAGCACUGUAGCCUUCUUGUGAUAACCUUAGCUUCCCUGUGCUUGUAAGGGAGUUAACUGAGUCAGCGCUGUACGUUCUGGUUACCCCUGUGCUCUGUGUAGACUUUUUCUUUUUUAAAUUCUGCCCCAAGUGCUCUUUGAAAGAGUUCAUAUCUUAGUCAGCUUCGUGUUGACGCCUUCCCGUAACUACAAGCAUUGGCAUAUAGAUUGAAAAAUUUCAAGACGUGAGAUAAUGGUGUUUGUUUUGUGUGGUGGAGGAGGAGAUCCCUGAUACUUACCUCUGGGAUGAGGUUUCUCACACUUACUUACUUUAGAAGUGAUGCGCUUUCUGAAGGACAAGGAUGCACUAAAUUAGCAAGUUUCUAAUAAAGUUGAAUAUAAAUUAUUUUUGUUCAAAAAUGCCUAAAGCUUUUCUUUAAGUGUUUAAACUGCAGGAAGUCCAGACUAAACUCAUUCCUGCUGACUAUGACAGUACAGUUUAUUCCACAAAAAUGUUUAUUUAAACAACUGAUUUUUUUAAGAAUUAUUUCCAUCCAAUAUUUAAAGACUUGAAUUUUAUUUAAACUUGAAAAUGACUUUGCCUUAACUUUUGUACAAGACAGCUUAGAGUUAAUGAGGUCUGACCCCAUUGAGGGUUAGCGUGAGUGGAAUACAGAAUUACUCAGUUGCAGUAUGUAUCUAUUGUCACUGGUCUUACUGGGUAAACAUACUGUAGUACAGGAACUAGCAGCAGUUUUUGUAAUAUACCUUAAAGAUCUUAAACAGUUGAUCUUUUUCAGAUUGUUGAAAAAUCUGUAAAUGCAAAUAGUCAAUACUGUAUUAAAUAUGUGCACUUGGAAGUGUGUGCUUUGCUUGUACAGUUGUAAAUAAUCAGAACAUAUAAAAAGGUACCCUAAAGAAAAAAUCUGAUAAAAAUUAUUGAUAUUAUAAAUGUUGCUGUUGAGCUGGAUGUAGAUAAACUAAAUGUUGUGGUUUGAAUAUUACUUUAAUUUGUUGUUUUUUCUUUUCCUUAUUUUAUUCUGGUGUGCUGAACUGACUCUGCCUCUUCACUGCAAAAGGGAAAUGGAACGAAAGUCUUAUUUGAAAGCCCUCGAGUGUUUUCCGAACCCUCUAAAAAGUGAUUUAACCAAUUCAGAAGUGUUCUGCAAUGUAAAUAGUGGAUCUUAGCAGAAGUUGUAAUUUUAAGUCAUUAAUAAAAAAUGAAAUGGAAUUGGGAAAAAAACUUUAGACUGCUAAGAAAAAUGUACACUGAGGCAUACUUGUCUGCUUUCAAGAAUAUCAGUGCUUUCCUCAGUGUAUGAUUCAUAGAACUGUAAAGUAACUCUAGAGGUAACUUCUGACAAAUUUCCUGUUAGGAAUCAACCAGUAACUAGUUGACCUUCAAGUCCAGCCUGUUGUAUGCUGCGGAAUUGGUUGAAAUAGGGCACGCUGGAACCCACUGAUUUUCCUCAUUUAAAAAGCACACUUUGUGAAUGCUGUGGAAGGAGAUAGGACUCUUGACAACAUCACCAAAACAGCUCAACUAGUUCUGUCAUUGGAUUUUGAUGAGCUUAUCCUUUCCCGGUGGCAGUGAAAGUGGUAGCUAGAUUUGUGUAUGGUUAAGGCUGGCUGUAUGGUUCGUUUUGUUUGCCUGCUGAAAGUGAAGGGCUUACCAGCUGCAAACAAUCACAAGUGGUUACAGACUGUGUACAGCUAGUCGUAAUGCUCAACUGGUACAUAAGGUAAUCUCUUGAGACCAGCAGGAUGUGUUGUGCUGUUCUAAUGUAUUCUGCUGCCAUUUGUGCUAGGUCAACACACUGUAAUUACUGCUUACCCAGCAACAAUCUGUUGCAUCGAAAGUUUAAAUCUUCCUCUGACGUGGUUUUUAUAGCUUUUAAAAAAAAAAAAAAGAAAAAAAGAAAAAAGAAGAA